UUAAGCCUUCAUAGAAUCGCAUUUAACCUCGAAAAACUCUCAGAAUGACAUAAAAUUUAUUUAAUUUUUCAGGACUACUAUAAAGUAAAUAAAGGAAAGGAUUCAAAACUUGAGCACCACAAAAGACAGGGGGAUCCUACCACAGUACUGCACAAGCCACAAAAUUCAAGCUAACCCUGAUUCCAUUCCUUGAUAAAAAGACUUCAAUUGUCUCUUCAACUUUCCCAAUUUUCCACCCACUUUCUUCCCAACAAACCCAACUAAUUUUCUCACUUAGAUUUUCUAGAGAGAGAAAAUGAAACACCUGAAGUUGUUUCUGACAGUCUUACUAGUAAUCCAACAAUGUCAUACAUUCUUCAAAGUUGAUGCUAGUGUAAGAAGAAGAGAAGGAGAUGGGUUCAUUAGAGUUAGAGGAACUCGGCUUUUAUUAAAUGGUUCGCCUUACUAUGCAAAUGGGUUCAAUGCUUACUGGCUCAUGUACAUGGCUACUGACCCUUCUCAACGUUAUUUAGUCUCCAAUGUCUUCCGUGAGGCUUCCUCCCACGGCCUCACCGUCGCCCGAACUUGGGCGUUUAACGACGGAGGUGACCGCGCUCUCCAACUCUCCCCUGGCUCCUAUGAUGAGCAUGUCUUCCAGGGGUUGGAUUUUGUGAUAGCUGAGGCAAGGAAACAUGGAAUUAAGCUGAUAUUAAGCUUUGCAAAUAACUAUGAAAGCAUGGGAGGGAAGAAGCAAUAUGUGAACUGGGCUAAGAAUCAAGGCCAAUAUCUUUCUUCUGAUGAUGAAUUUUUCUCUAAUUCUGUUGUUAAGGGUUUCUACAAGAAUCAUAUCAAGGCUGUUCUUACCAGGCGUAACACCAUAAAUGGUGUGGCAUACAUGAAUGACCCAACAAUUAUGGCUUGGGAGCUUAUGAAUGAACCUAGGUGUACAUCAGACCCUUCUGGAAAAACCAUUCAGGCCUGGAUCACUGAGAUGGCUGCUCAUGUUAAGUCCAUUGACAAAAACCACUUGCUUGAAGCUGGUUUAGAAGGAUUUUAUGGAUCUUCUCAUCCCGAGAAGCUUCAUAACAAUCCAAACUUCAACAUUGGGACGGAUUUCAUUGCCAACAAUCAAGUUCCCGGGAUUGAUUUUGCAACUGUCCACGCAUAUCCUGAUCAAUGGUUGUCUAACUUGAAUGAUCAAACUGAGCUUGCCUUUGUGAACAACUGGUUGACUUCCCACAUUGAGGAUGCUCAAAACAUUCUCCGAAAGCCAUUGCUUUUGGCAGAGUUUGGAAAAUCAGACAAAGAUCCUGGAUUCAGUACUACUAAGAGGGACCAAUUAUUUGCAAAUGUUUACAGCCAGCUAUACUCAUCGGCCAAGAGGGGAGGUGCAGCUGCUGGUGGAUUGUUCUGGCAGCUCUUAACUGAAGGAAUAGAGUCAUAUGGAGAUGGUUACACAAUUGUUCUUAGCAAAAAUCCUUCAACUGCCAGCCUGAUUGCCCAACAGUCCCGUAAACUCUUUCUAGUCAGGAAGAUUUUCGCGAGAAUGAGGAAUGUUGAGUUGUGGAAAAGGGCAAGGGAGAUAAGGAAUGGAGUAAAUUAAUCCAUGAUUGACCUGUGAAAAAGUAGAUGUUUCAUCUAAUGCAUACUGAAAGAGGGGAUUUUGUUCAAGAGUGUUCCUUCCUUAGAGAUGAAUUUUCGUUCGUCCAGUGAGUGAUGCUAUUUACACAAGUAAUUCCUAGAAAACUUAUAUGUGUAGUUUGAUGUGAGUUCAGUAAUUUGUAAAACCUUGUGAUUGUUGCAGACAGAUUCAAGAGCAGUUGUUAUUCACUUAUGUUGGGGAUUAUAUUAAAAUUAAGGAAAUUACAAAGAAAGUUGGAAAUGAAAUAGAGAAAUUUAACCGAGUCGUGAACGGAAUCACUUUCCCAAAAGUGUAAUUUCGACCCUAAUACUACAACUGGGUUUCACGAAAAUUCACUUAAGAGAUAAAACGGGACAAUUACAAUUUGUUGUAGGCAAAUUGUAAUCACAAUGUAUUCUAAUAUUUGUAUUUGUGAUGAUAGAAAAAUAGAGAACUUGCAAUA